UUGACAGUGGAGGGAAAACAAAACUCCAUGAGAUGCAGUGAGGCUUUUGCCAUAAAUAGCUGAGUGCCAGGAGCAGAGCUCUGGUCUGGAUGCAUCUCCACUUGCAGAGAUGUGGGCACAAGCUGGCAGAUGUUGCCUCUAAGGGGGUCAGUGUCUGCCAACUUGCACGAAAGGAGCAGGGAGUUCUGCCAGCACUGCCAGCUCAGGUGAGCACUGUGGGGAUGAGUGACAGUCUUGCUGACCUCGUGUGGAGAUGCUCUGGGCAUGCUUUGCACGSUGCAGCUGAGGAUGUUGGCUUUGAGCCUGAGCAGAGCUGUAGGUUUCUGUUCCAGAUGGUCAGGGCGAGUUCACAAGCACACUCAUUCCUGUUUCUGUUUACCAGCAUGAGGCUGGUGAUUUCCUAAGAGAACAUACGAGUCUCUGUGCAAGCUCCUCCAUGUGAGCAAGACGUGCAURGUCACAGCUCUGGAAAGGAUAUCCAGUGAGAAUCACCAUGAGGAACAAAGGGUGGCUCCAGAAUAUUUUCUUCUGCCUUUUAUUCCAAUACACCGUGUGUUGUGAAAACCUCACUUGYUUUGUGGACUAUGUACAGACCCUGUCCUGUAUCCUGCGAAACGAGCUGGGUGCCAGUUCAUACAAUCUCACUGCAACAUGGGCUCCUGAGGAAGAUCCAGAAAAUACUGUGGCUACCUGCAGUCUCCUGCAGYUGUCAAUGAACACAAGUCACACAGAGUAUACGUGCACUGUGGACAUGACUGAACUCCUGGCAGAUACCAAAGUCCAGGUGGAUGUUACAGGAAUAGCUGAUAGGCAGCAUGUGCUUUCCAAAGAAUUUUAUUUGUCAGACAACGUCAAACCACAGCCUCCGUUCAACCUGACCGCUUUGUUCUCAGAGGGUUACAAUAUUUCUUGGGAAACCAUCUACCAGAACUCUUCCCUCUACUUUUUGAAYGGGGAGCUGGAAUAUCAGCUGCGUUACAAAAGAAGAACUGACACCUGGGAGGCUCAGAAGACUAAAACUGUUCAUGAAGAUAAACRGACACUGGUGAUCCUGCCGUGGGAACUGCAGGCAAACACUGAGUAUGAGUUCCAAGUGAGAGCCAGACCCCGGGAGGACAGUGGCUAUGGUGGUUUUUGGAGUGAAUGGAGUUCCCCGCUGCUGUUGAAAACCAGCCCUGCCGCAGUGACACAGACAGCAAGCAUGGAAUGGCUGUUGCUGCUUGGUAUCGUUGUGGCAAUCGUGGCCUCAAUUACAACCUUUCUGGCCAAGCAGCAGAGCCUGUGGAAGAAGAUGGCUUGCAUCCCAGACCCUGCUCCCUUUUUCAAACCUCUGUACAUGGCUCAUAAUGGAGAUUUUAAGAAAUGGGUUGGUGCAUCCCAUAUGAAAAUGACCUUUGAUUUCUUUGAAUGGGGAAUAGUCCUUCCAGAAGUCCUAGAAGUUUUCACCGUGCACCCUUCCAACAGCACCCCACAGGAGGAGCUCCAUGAGCUGAGGAAGAAGCUGCCUUGCAAGCCCUGUGUGUCUUGCCUGACGGGCCCAGGUCAUGAUGGCCAGUCCCCGUGGGGUGGUGUGAGCAGCAGUGGAGGGACUGAGGACCAGUCCUAUGGGCACCUGUCCAUCGAUACCGUGACCGUGGCUGAUGAAUUCACACCCUGUAACUGCCAGUGCAACUGUAACCACGUGUACGGGGAACCUGAGCACACCAACGAGGAAGAUGAUGGUGCUGGAGAACCUGGGUACCCCAAGGUUAACAUUGAUGAUGAAGACAGAAAAAUAUCCGGGGAUUUGCGUUUGGCUGAUCUGAGCACACAGGACAAAAUACUCGCCUCAGGCUCUGUGUCCACAGAUCAGCUGAGGAGAACAAGUGUCCCACUCAGCCACCAGGGAGAAAGGGGAGUGGAAGGAGGGGUUGGCAGUCUCCUAGAAGCCCUUUGCUUGCAGCCUCAUCAGUGGGAUUUGGAAAAUCCAGGCUCUCUCCCUUCUCCUGAUGGUGAAAGUGUUUCUUACAGUGAAGGCUCUUAUGACUUCUUCCCUCACAAUGCGAGGCCUGGUGACAGUUAUCCUUUGAUCUGUGURGAUUUGGACACUAUUGACAGUGGCUUUGUGGACUCAGACUGUGGCAGUCCAGUUGACUGUGAAUUUGAGCAAAACAGUCAGGCCAUUUGUGGGCCCAUCCCUCUUGAGCAGGAGGAACAAGAAUUUUCACGGAGCUAUGUCAAGCAGUGGGUCUCCUGUCGCUCUGACAGCCCUGUCAGUGGGACACAGACAAAAUAAGGUCUUUGAUGUUGCCUGGCUGAGUGUGGAGCCUUUUGCAUACUACUCCAGGAACGAAAUGUUAACAUAAUUCAGAAGAAAAACAAAGUUUACUUUGUGUAAGCUCUAUUAUGUAAACUGAAACCUCUGAGGUCUACAGAAAUAUGCUGAUUUCUAUGGCCAUCAUCCUACUAAUGUCUCAAAUUUGUUGUGAUUGAUUGUUCCUGGUUUUGUUUGUUUUAGGGUUUUUGUUUUUUAGAAUCCUAGAUCAGGUCCCCUUAUAGUGUCAGAGAAAACAAUUGUACCUUGAAAGUUACCCUUCGGCUUAGGUAGAUGUGCAGAAUUCUUUGCAGUAACCUUAUGAAGAGUACAGAACUUUAAAUUAUUUUCCUUGGCAUUCUCACAUGACUUGAGAGUUUGUUGUACAUGGAACCUUAGAACCAUAACCUAUGGCAAGCAUGUUUGCUACAUUAAAGUUCCCCUACCCUUUCCAAACCAUGUGAUGUUACUUUUCCUUCUGCUAUCUUUAAAUUUAUUUAAUCUUUAUUCCUUCUGUGAUCUUUAAACUCAGCUGUAGUAGAUUGUUAAUUAUGGAGAGUUCCAGACCUGWCCAUGGGGAACAAAACCAAUUCUCAUGUAAUCAUCACAGAACUGUGUGUACUAGAGACYAAGCACAACUCAGGGUUCAGAAAGACUUUGCCUUUCCAGGUAGAGUCUGCAAAUGAAAAGUCUUCAAAAUAUAUUUAAUUCUAGACAAACUCUUGCUACUGAGCUUUUCUGUUAAGUCAGAUUCUCUCCCAGCACUUUCCAAGCAUAUUCAUUGAGCAGCUUUUAGAAUUAUGUCAAAAUUAUGGAAACAUUGUCCUACCUGGAUUUGCCUGCCACUUCUGCCUUGGACUUGCUCUGCUGCACUUACAGGUCAGUAGAACAAUUUUUGAGCAAUUUCUUCUAGCUAAUAAAGCCAAAUAUGAA